AUUUCCUUUCCUUCUCUUUAUUCUCACUUCUUUCCCACUCAUCUUCCGGUGUUGCAACAUCUCUUUCCCUUCACACUGUUCUUUCUGCACUUUUCCGACACAAAGUGCGAAACAUACAACAAUACCACCCACUUACAACCUAUCUUUUCCAGCUUCCAAUUCGACCAUGAGCCCCGCGGCCGUUGACUCGGGCUCGGCUUCCGCUGCCGGACCAUUGACAGUCGACGCCAUCCCGGCCCUCAGAGCAAAGAGCGCAAAGAUUCCCUUGGGCGUUGCGCCUGCGACCCAUAGUGACCUCUUCAAAAGCCCACACUGCUAUACCAAGCCACAAGCCAAACGCUGGGAUGAUAUCUUCUCCAUCGAGGCAAAGGCUCGGAAGACCUCAACAUUAAAGGGUGCGGCGCAGUAUCUCAAGAACCCGGGCUUGAUUUCCCUCGGUGGCGGUCUUCCCUCUCCUGAAUAUUUCCCCUUCGAUGAACUCUCCGUGAAGGUUCCGACCCCUCCUGGCUUCUCUCCCGAAGAACGCAGCAAAUCCGGUGCCGUUUUGACUGCAAAGAAGGGAGACACGCGUGACGGAACAAGUCUAUACGACUUGGAGGUUGCGCUUAAUUACGGCCAGGCCACGGGCUCCCCGCAAUUGCUGCGGUUCGUCACGGAACACACAGAGCUUAUCCACAACCCCCCUUACUCCGAUUGGCAAUGCUGUCUGACGCCUGGCGGUACCUUCGCCUGGGAUGCUAUCCUCCGCAUUCUCUGCAACAGAGGUGACUACAUCAUGAUGGAAGAAUACACUUUCUCGAGUGCCAAGGAAACCGCGCUUCCUCUCGGCCUCAAGGUAGUCGGGAUCAAGAUGGACGAACAGGGUCUUCUGCCCGAGGCACUUGACGAAACUCUCAGCAACUGGGAUGAGGCAACUCGCGGUGGCCGCAAGCCCCGCGUACUGUACACUAUCCCGACGGGACAAAACCCCACGGGUGCAACUCAGUGGACUGAGAGGCGUAAGGCUGUGUACGAGGUCGCUCAGAAGCAUGACAUCUUCAUUGUGGAAGACGAGCCGUACUACUUCCUGCAGAUGCAGCCCUACACCGGCGCCGACGGCACUCCUGCACCGCCCCCGGCCAAUCACGCUGAAUUCAUUAAAUCGCUUGUCCCUUCAUAUCUGAGCUUGGAUACUGAUGGCCGCGUUUGCCGGAUUGAAUCCUUCUCUAAGGUUCUCACUCCUGGAUCGCGUGCCGGAUGGCUGGUUGCUCCGGAGCAGUUCAUCGAGCGCUAUAUUCGUCACAGUGAGACUACUGCCCAGAACCCGAGCGGUAUCUCGCAGAUUCUUCUCUUCAAGCUUCUGGACGAGCAUUGGGGUCAUGCUGGGUACCUUGACUGGCUGAUCAACCUUCGUAUGCAAUAUACCGGUCGCAGGGAUACCUUGGUAGUUGCUUGUGAGAAGCACCUCCCACAGGAAAUUGCGAGCUGGGUUGCACCCGCAGCGGGCAUGUUUCACUGGAUUGGCAUUGAUUGGCAAAAGCAUCCCGGCCUUGCGGCAGGCAAGACUCGUAAUCAGAUUGAAGAAGAGAUCUUCCUUGCUGCUGUUGACAACGAGGUCCUUGUUUCCAGAGGUAGCUGGUUCAUGGCCACUGAAGUUGGCGAGGGCAAGAUGUUCUUCCGCGCAACUUUCGCUGCCGCCAGUUUUGAGAACAUCGAUGAAGCCAUCCGACGUUUCGGCAACGCUCUCCGGGUGCAAUUUGAUCUUUAGACGUGUAACUUCUUUUUGAUACCCUGGUUGGAUAAGUACAUAUGAGAAGAGGUUUAGCAUGUAGGCGACGGGGGCGGAGGUACUCCGGUGCUCUAGGCACUUGACAUGCCUUUUUUUACGAUCUUGGCUUCCUAAUAAUCUCAAAGCUAGAGCUAGACAGACAUCUUAAAC